GUACAGCACUAGUCUAUUCUUUUUUUGCUGGUCUAUGGUAUUAUUUACCGCCAUUUUGUCGCGUCGCGUGUGCAUUUUCUAUUCCAUCCGGUGAUUUUUGUCAUUGUGUAAAUUUAAUUUACUGUAACAUACAACAUGACUGAUCCCUACUCUUCUGGAGAUUAUGGCGGCGGUGGAGGAGGAUACUCGGCCCAAGCUCAAUAUUCCAUGCCGCCACCGGCUAUAUCUUCCGGUAACAACUACGGUGGCUCGCAACCUGGUGGCUACAAUCAACAACAAAGUUACAGUGCCCCAUCAAAUCCUCAGCAAGAUUGGAAUUCUCAGAGCUCAGGUGGUGGCAGCUAUGGCAGCAGUAACCCAUCUGGGAAUUCCUAUGGUUCUCAACAACAGAGCUAUGGCAGCAGCAAUUACGGCGGUAAUGGAGCUGGGGGAGCCAGUGGCGGGGGAUAUGACCGAUCCAAUAAUGGAAGUGGAAGCUACAAUGUGAGCAGCAAUGAACGGGGCAGUGGCGGCUAUGGGGGUGGCAGCGACCGUGGAAGCUCUAACUAUGGAGGUGGAGAUAGAGGAAACAGUGGCUACUCUGGAGGAGGCGACCGCGGUGGCUAUGGAGGAGGUGACCGCUCAAGCUACAAUAGAGAUGGGGGGAAUAGAGAUGGAGGCUAUGGUGGCGGCGGCAGGGGGGGAGGUUAUAAUAAAGGCGGCGGUGGCGGCGGAUUCGGGGGUGAUAGAGGCGGCAGCAGCGGAGACAUGGUCACGCAGGAAGACACCAUCUUCAUCCAGGGCAUGGACCCCGGCACUACGGAGGACGAGCUGUGUCAACAUUUCGGCUCUAUUGGUAUCAUCAAGACUGAUAAGAAAACCCAAAAGCCAAAAGUGUGGAUGUACAAAGAUAAAGCCACUGGAGAACCUAAAGGCGAGGCUACAGUCACCUACGAAGAUUCCAAUGCCGCUACAUCGGCGAUACAAUGGUUUGAUGGAAAACCUUUUAACGGGUCCACCAUUAAAGUAUCAUUAGCCCAGAGGCAGAACACAUGGGCCGGGGGAAUGGGAGGCAAGGGCGGCGGCGGCGGCGGCGGUGGCGGAGGAUUCCGCGGUGGACGCGGGGGCGGCGGGGACCGCAUGGGAGGCGGGCGCGGGGGCGGCGGUGGCGGCCGGGGCGGCGGCGGCGGACCGCCCUCCGGCAACCGCGAGGGUGACUGGAGGUGCCCUAAUCCCAGCUGCGGCAACACCAACUUCUCAUGGAGGAAGGCCUGUAACAGAUGUAACGAGGAGAAGCCUGGCGGCGGCGGCAGUGACGGCGGCUCGGGCGGUCUGGGCGGUGACCGAGGCGGGCGCGGCGGCGGGCGGGGCGGUGGGCGUGGCGGCGGCGGGCGCGGCGGCGGCGGCGGCUGGGGCGGGCGCGGCGGCGGCGGCGACCGUGGCGGGGACCGCGGUGGUGACCGCGGCGGCGACCGGCGCUCUGGCGGCUACGGCGGCGGCGGCGACCGCUCUAGUGGGGGCGCUAUGAGAGGAGACGGCGGAGGCAGCAGGGAUCGGCAGCGGCCAUACUAAACGUAACUAAUCUAAGAAACGUGUGACAGAGAACUGAAGAAACUUAGCUGAAUUGCGUUAAUUUCAUGUUAUUUUUCACAUUUAGUCGAAAAUAAGAUAUAUGUAAUAAAAAUCCUUUGGAUGCAUUUGUUUAAGUUUUGUUCUAUGAUGUUACAUCCAAAAUGAAAUAAAGUGUAAAGUCUCAGUAUUCAUCUCAUAGAACCACUCUGAACUUAUUAUACAAAGGAUUGAAACAAUUGUUUCCUCAUCUGACAGUAUUUGUGAUUCUGUAACAUCAGACAUCGUUUCAUACGAAAGUUCGGCACACAGUUUGUGAAUAUGAAGCACAUUUAAGAAACUUAUUGUAUAAAAAAAUAUCGCAAUUAAGAUACAUCCUAGUACUACAUUGAGCUGUUGUUUCCUUCAUCAGAUGACGAUGAGCUUUCAAUUUAAAAAUGCGCUUCAUGUGCUCUAAAUUGCCCCGAGACUCUCGAAAAACUUAUGAAAUGUACUUUAUAUUGUAUCGUACUAAAUGGUCUGGCUACGUACCUACUUUAUUUAGUAGAUAUGGUUGAAUUUUAGCAUUACAUAGUUAUAACAAUAUUGAUCAUACAUAAGUUGCAAGUUAAUAAGAUUAUAACUUCAGCGCCGACGUGUUAGUGUUAAUAAAUAAGAUAAGAAUAA